AAUAAAAAAGUAUUCUAACUUUUUCUUUGACCAAACUCUCUCUCUCUCUCUCUCUUUCACAGAACUCUCUUCUAUCUAUCCCUAUUUCCAUGGAAGCAAGGAGAUGCGUUCGUUUCUCUCUAUCUUUACAUCAACACUGACUGCUCUCCUGCUUACUCAUUCGGGAGAAAAGGGCUUCUCUGUCGCUCAAAAAUCCGAACUUUUCAGGCUAGCUUUGAUGGAAGUCUGUGGCAAUAUUGAUUACUAGAGUCAACAAACGUUACUCAAAUCAAUAAUUGGUUUCUAAAAAUUCACAAAUCAAGCUUUGGCUCUGUUUAGUUUUUCCUCCAUGGCCUCCAAAACUCCAGAAGGAUCACUUUCCAGUUCCAGUCAAAGUAUGUCAGUUAGUACUUUAGCAGAUCAAGUCUCUUCCACCUUGUCUUUCGCCGAUCCAAGCACUGACACCAAAACCGGUAACAACAACAACAAGACCAGCGAGCAAGGGGAGAGCGGGAAGAGCAGCACGUGUAGACCGAGCACGAGCAGUGACAUAAGCGACGAGAGCACUUGCAGCAGCUUCAGCAGCAGCAUCAACAAACCACACAAGGCCAACGAUGUGAGAUGGGAAGCCAUUCAAGCUGUCAGAACCAAACACGGCGGUUUGGGAUUGAACCAUUUUAGGCUCUUGAAGAGGUUAGGAUGUGGUGAUAUCGGAACUGUCCAUCUCGCUGAGUUGAACGGGACGAGGUGUUACUUUGCCAUGAAGGUUAUGGACAAAACAGCUUUGGCUAGCAGGAAAAAGCUUCUUAGAGCUCAGACCGAGAGAGAGAUUCUUCAGUGUCUUGAUCACCCGUUUCUACCCACACUCUACAGUCAUUUUGAAACUGAGAAGUUCUCUUGUUUGGUUAUGGAGUUUUGCCCUGGAGGUGACUUGCAUACGCUGAGACAGAGACAACCAGGGAAACGCUUCACCGAGCAAGCUGCAAAGUUCUAUGUAGCGGAGGUGCUUCUUGCAAUGGAGUAUCUACACAUGCUGGGGAUCAUUUACCGUGAUCUGAAACCAGAGAAUGUUCUUGUGAGAGAUGAUGGACACGUGAUGCUUUCGGAUUUUGAUCUCUCCCUGAGAUGUACUGUGAGCCUCUCGAUAGUCAGAUCAACCAAUCUCGGAUCCGAAGGCUUGUCAAAGAACUCAGUUUCUUGCUCGCAGCAACCCGCUUGCAUCCAGCAGCCGUCUUGCAUCUCAAUGGCUCCAACAUCUUGCUUUGGUCCUCGGUUCUUCUCAUCCAAGUCCAAGAAAGACAAGAAAGCGAAAACAGAUAACGGUAACCACCAAGUUACUCCCUUACCGGAGCUCGUUGCAGAGCCAACAAGCGCUCGUUCGAUGUCGUUUGUGGGGACACACGAGUACCUAGCUCCAGAGAUCAUCAAAGGUGAAGGACAUGGAAGCGCGGUUGAUUGGUGGACUUUUGGGAUCUUUCUUUAUGAGUUGUUGUUUGGUAAAACACCGUUUAAAGGCUCAGGGAAUAGAGCGACGCUCUUCAAUGUGGUUGGUCAGCCUUUGAGGUUCCCUGAGUCUCCGGUUGUUAGCUUUGCAGCUAGAGAUUUGAUAAGGAGUUUGCUUGUGAAGGAGCCACAGCAUAGGUUAGCUUACAAGCGUGGAGCGACGGAGAUGAAGCAACAUCCUUUCUUUGAAGGAGUGAAUUGGGCUCUGGUUCGGUGUGCCACUCCACCUGAGGUUCCCAAACCGGUUGAUCUUGAACCGGUGAAACAACAUACUCCUGCUACACCGGCUUCUGCUGCAUCUACAAGCGUGAGAUCUGACCAGAGCAAUUAUCUUGAGUUUGAUUUCUUCUGAUCCGUGUCCCCAAUUUGAUGAUUCUCCUAUUGUUUCUUGUUUAGUUUAUUUGAAACAUGUGUUCUUUCUCUUGUCUUUUUUCCUUUUCUGAACAAGCUUCUGAGAUUUGUAUCAUUCUUCAAACAUCUUAGACAGUAUCUGUACCAUCUUCGUAAGCUAAAUGUUAAGAGAC